GAGCACGGCAUCCACGUCCCUUCUCCUCACUGCUCACGACGAGGACAAGCUGUAUAUGGCCGAUGGAAACGUUUCCAAUCGUACUGCGCUGCGGACGGGAUUGAUGCAGGCGCUUGCUGCCACUCGGUCUAAUGGUCCUAGGCGGAAUCGCAAUACUCGGGCAGGUGAUGGCGCAGAGAGCGAUGAUAGCUUGCCUUCUCUUCAGACAGUAUCCGAUAGUUCAGAAGAAGAGUAUUCAGAUUAUGAUGGAGCUACCGAGGAUGAUGACUUAGAGGAUGAUCUACCCGCUCUCGCCAGAGAGUCGGAUGCUCAACCACGCCGCACAAUUCAUCCUAACAUCGAAGACGAGGGCUCGGAAUCCGAAGAAGAGGUAGACGAGAAUGAUGGACCAGGUGCCUCACAAAGUCGCUCAGCAUUUGAUUUCCGAGAAAGUGUCCUCAGAGCCCUGAAUAUGCAAUCUGGAGAUGUGACACCGGAUUCCAAUUUCGCUCUACGAAACAUGCUAGGUGCUCUGCGCCCGCCACGAUUCGCACUUGACGAAAUCUUCCGCCCCCCACAUACUCACUCUGAAGCGGAUCCUUUGCGUGCAGAAAUUAUCAUGGCCUCUCUAGAAGUCAUUCCUGACACGUUGAUUCAGAGAUAUGAGAAGCUUAGAGGUGGACAUGCAGACGAAUUCGACGGAUGCGCUAUAUGUCGAGACAAUUUCUUGUCGGUGGACGAACUUGAAGCCAAGCAACAAGCUGCAAAUGCUGCCAUAUUCUCUGAACUUCCUUUGGAUCGCUUCCGUAUGCCAAGUAUAGUUGCUUUCCCCUGCCCUGGAAUGCACCUCUUCCAUGAUCAUUGCAUUUCCCCUUGGCUUUCGCGGAAGACGACAUGCCCUUCAUGUCGCUUUGAUCUUGACCCUGAUUCUUUGACACUAAGCUGUAUUCAAUCUAAAUAUCCGAACAAGAAAUGGGAACCUCCGAAGAGCAAGACUUUUCUCACAUGGCUGCGAAACGAAGAGAAUAAGCAGAACGGCAUACAAAGUGAAGGUCCCGCUCUUGAGCUACCUGCACUUCCUCGUUAUGUAUCUGAAGACGGUCUUGACGCCACGCUUGAUAGUGCUCUCGAGGAACAAGGGGAUGAUGAUGACAACGCUUGGGAAACUGAAAACGAAGAUGACGAAGAUGAAGGCCUCAUGGAUGCUGCCACUCAUCUGCUAUUUCCCCAUCUUGUUCGUGAUCCGUUUGGUGUGGAUCACACCCAUGGUCAUAUCCACCCACUUGCAGGCACAGGGCACGCUCCGCAAAGAGGUGGCAGACCGAACCCGGUUGACUUACUUCAUACAUUACUCGGGAUUCACCCCCAUCCGGAAGAAGAAGAGGAAUCAGAGGAUGACGAUGAACCUCCGCCACCACUCAUACCUGCAGCACCUCCCGCCGAACCCAGUUUCACUACCCAUAUGUCGAAUCAGCCGCCUCGCCCACCACAUGCGUCUGCUUCAUCUGAUGAUGCGCAAGAAUCGUCCUUGCCCAUCCGUAAUCCUUCUCCUGCGCCUGCCGUAGCCGUACCUCACAUUCGUCAUCAAGCCAAUGCUGACGACGAUGAUAAUGACGAUUUACCACCUCUUACUGCCAAUGAUGAUAUGCCUCGAUGGCAACCUCCGGUUUCAUCACCUCCAUCUCGUCGUGGACUCGAACCUGUACCUGCUGAUAUUGAUCUGGAAUUCUAUCGGAGGUUGGGAUCAAUGUCGGCAUUGGGAGACAUCCUCAAUGUCUUCGGUGCCGGUUUGGGUCAAGCUCAAGCUGCGCCGACCCAUGUGAAUGAGGAUGAGUCUGACGAUGAUCUCCCACCACUUGAAUAGUCGCGAUUAUAUCAUUGUUUUUACAUGUCAGACGCUCGUGAUCGGAUUUCUAGACUUCACUCUCCAUAUUUUUUUUGCAUCCUAUAAUUAAUGUUCAUCGUCAGUCGUCGUUGCCAUUCAUUCGGACUCAUGUAGUUGUCUGUUGAAUCCUUCGCUGGUUCAGAUCUGAGUCGAUUCUACGGCUGCGAGGGUCUUCGCGAGACGAGGGUAGGGAAGGUAGAUGGUCACGUAAAUCACUCGUCGGAGUCGUCCAACAUACUGUACUAUAUUUUGUUUUCAGAAGAGUUACUUUCAAUGAAUCAUGGACAGAUAUGAACUAUAUGAACAGUAAUUCUGACUCAAGCUCCCUCGAACUCGAAGGUCUUUGGUUAGAACACUAU